AUGCCGCCGAAGCGCUCGCAGUCGACCGCCGCCGUCGCUCACCGGACGCGGUCCAAACUCGCUGCCGCUCGGCCAGCUUCGCCGUCGGCCAGUGUUGCUCGGCGCCUGGAGUUCGACGCCAUGUCGCCGCACUGCCCUGUCGCCGCCGAUGACCGAUCAUCGUCGCCGCACCCCUCGUCCGCCGGCGAUCAGCCCCCAUUCUCGUCCUCCGUUGUCGGCCAACCGCAGAUGCAACCGUCCGCCCUACGUUCAACUACACCUGUUUGCCGCGGUUCUGUGGCGAAUUCUUCGGCCGAAAAUAACGACGGCCAACGUCAACCGAAACCGAAACUAACCAUUCGGUUACCGCAGUCUGCAGGCAAAGGCCCGUUACGUCCUCCUUCUCCUCCUCAAAUAUCAACGAGUGAAUCAUCAGAGUACUCUCCCCUCCAGCCUUUACAACCUCUCUCAGAUAAUGCCUUCUCUAAUUUAUUUUACUGUGCUGCAUUAUCAUCCUUCCAUCGUUCGUUGUCUGUCAAAAGUUUUAUAUGCCAGAAGAGGAUUGUGAUUAGUGAUUUUACUGCAAAAACGGGUCUUAUUGGUAAAUUAAAAUCUUGCCAAUUGUUUACUUCUGUGGUUACAAUUGACCAGUUUGUUAGACCCGUUGUGUAUGAGUUUUAUGCUAAUCUGGCUCCGGAAUUGGUCUGUCACAACCGAGUUUAUAUUCGGGGUCGAAUGUUUGAGUUUGGUCCAGCUAGUAUAAAUCAUUACUUUUGGUCUGCUGAUUCUGAUGAUGACUUUGUUGAGGAUAUGGACCGGAUUACUGCCAAGUUGACAGGUGGGGCUAAAACUCGGUGGGUUGCAAAGGAUACUAUUAAGGCUGUCGACCUCACUACAUCCUUCGCACUGCUGCACAAGAUUACUUGUACGAAUUGGAUGCCGACCAAACAUCAUUCCUAUGUCAAGAGGUCCAUGGCUGUGCUUCUCUACAAAAUUGACCAGGGUGUCAAGUUUAAUCUCGGUAAAUUGCUCUUUCAGCAGAUACUAGCCGCUCGGAAUGGUGCAAACAACAGGAAGGAGCUGAUUUUACCUAACCUUAUUUAUGGUAUUCUUGUUUCACAGGGAUUUCAGAAGCAUGAUACCGAGGACUAUGAGGCUCAAUCUUUACCUAUUAAAGUAGAUCCUCGCCUGUUACAUGGGACUCAUGUUGAUGAUCUUGGUGCUCCUGACGAUUCCCACCACCAGACUCGGUCCUCAUCUGAUGGUGCCAUAGUCGAGACUAUCCACUUUCUUGAAGAAGAGUUGGUUGCCAUCCAUGACGAGCAAAAGAGACUGGCCUGCCGUCGUGUAAAGAUUGACAAUAUUCUAAAAAGGCUUCGUCGUGACGACGCGGUGAAUGUCGAUAUUCCUUCUGAGGUUGCGUCCUCUUCGGCUUCAUCCUCUAAUGAAGAAUCACCGGCUUCCCCUUCUAGUUGA